UUCAACCAUUUGAACUGAUUCAACUUAUAACUAAGAAAGUGGUUCAUCAUUGCCUUCCCUCUCCAUACAAGUGUCAAGUUUAUCGACUCUUCUUAAUUGUGGGACGGAAGGAGUAGUAUUUAGUUACGGGUUUACUUUAAAUUCCCCCAUGCAUGCUGAUGAGCUGAUUAGACCCACCUAUUCAAAAAAACAUGGGGAAGAAACAAACUGAUCAUAUGCCUUCCUUUUCCUCUCUUUUAGCUUUCUUGAUUUCCUUCAUCUUCAAGGAAAUUUUGGCAGCAGAGUUCCCAAGUGCUGUUGUUCCUGUUAAUGUGGGAUUGGUUCUUGAUAUGAAUUCAUGGGCUGGGAAAAUGUCUUCAAGCUGUAUCUCUAUGGCUCUUUCUGAUUUUCAUGAAACCCACAGUUAUUAUAAGACUAGGCUGUUUGUUCACUCCAGAGACUCCAAUACCACUGUCAUAGGGGCUGCUGAUGCAGCUGUAGAUCUAAUGAGGAAUGAGAAUGUGCAAGCGAUUCUUGGACCACAAACAUCUAUGCAAGCCAAUUAUGUGAUUAAUCUAGGACAGUAUGCCGAGAUUCCUAUCAUUUCAUUUUCUGCAACCAGCCCUACUCUGUCGUCUUUGAGAAGUGAAUACUUCAUCAGGGCCACUCUUAAUGAUUCAUCUCAAGCACAAGCUAUUGGUUCCCUGGUUCAGGCCUUUGGUUGGAGAGCAGCCGUGCCAAUCUAUGUCGACACUGAGUUUGGAGAAGGGAUCGUCCCAUACUUAAGCGACGCAUUGCAAGACGUGGAGGCUCACAUUCCUUAUAGGAGUGUGAUCCAUCCAUCAGCAUCUGAUCCUGAGAUUGUUGCUGAGCUUUACAAGUUGAUGACAAUGCAGACCAGAGUUUUCAUUGUGCACAUGCCUCCCACUCUAGGCUACCGCCUUUUUGCCCUAGCGAAACAGGUGGGAAUGAUGACUGAAGAAUAUGCUUGGAUCGUAACUACUGGGAUGACAAAUCACUUGAGUUUCUUGCAUCCUUCUAAGAAAAAAUACAUGGAGGGAGUAUUAGGAGUGGUACCGCAUGUUCCAAGAAGGAAAAAACUUAAUCGGUUCAUCAGUCGCUGGAGAAGGAAAAAUCAACAACUUAUUGAUGACCAUGUUGAUCUCAGCUUCUUCGGAUUAUGGGCUUAUGAUGCUGCCACUGCACUUGCAAAGGCAGUUGAGGGAGCUUAUAUCUCGACAAUGAGAUCAAAAGAAACUAUCCAGUCUAGUUCAGUUCAUCAUCAGGUGUCUGCAAUCUCACAAAUAGGGAAGUCUCUCCCAACAGUAUUAUCAAAGACCAGGUUCAAUGGCCUUACUGGGUCUUUUAAUAUUGUAGAUGGACAGCUGCAAUCAGCCUACUUCAAAAUUCUAAACAUCAUGACCAAUGGGGAGAGGGCUGUUGGAUUUUGGUCCCCGGAAAAAGGAUUGACUAGAACUUUGAAACUUCCAGAGUCCAGAUUGUACUCUUCUUCACAAGUGAGCUUAAAGGGAAUUAUAUGGCCAGGUGAUACCACAUCAACCCCAAAGGGUUGGGUUAUACCCACAAAUGGGAAGAAAUUGAAAAUAGGAAUACCAGUCAGAGGUGGUAAUGCUUUUGUGAAUGUUGUAAGAGAUCCAUCCACCAACAAAACUACUUUCACAGGUUACUCCAUUGAUGUCUUUGAUACCCUAAUGAACAUGUUGCCAUAUCAUGUUCCAUAUGAAUACGUUCCUUUUUCAAAGCCAAAUGGUGAGAGUGCAGGAACAUACAAUGACUUAGUCUAUCAAGUUUACCUCAAGAAAUUUGAUGCCGUUGUAGGGGAUAUUACCAUUAGAGCCAAUCGGUCAACAUAUGCUGACUUUACCCAACCCUACACUGAUUCUGGCAUAGCCAUGGUUGUGCCUCUACAUGACAGAAGGACAAAGAAUGCAUGGGUUUUCUUGAAGCCAUUGACAUGGGAUCUUUGGGUUAUAAGCGCUUGUUUCUUUGUCUUUGUUGGUUUUCUGAUUUGUAUUCUUGAGCACCGGACAAAUGAAGAAUUUGCUGGAAACAAUCGCCAACAAGUUGGCACCGGCUUCUGGUUUUCUUUCUCGAUCUUAUUCUUUGCUCAUAGGGAAAAAGUGGUUACCAAUGUUGCAAGAUUCGUGGUAAUCAUAUGGUGCUUUGUGGUUCUAAUCUUAACUCAGAGUUACACUGCCAGCUUAACAUCAAUGCUGACCAUCCAACAGCUUGAGCCGAGUGUGGCUGGUAUCCAAGAUCUUAUCGCAAAUGCAGAUAAUGUAGGGUACCCAAAGGGUUCUUUUAUUGCAGAAUUAUUAAUGCAGAAGCUCAAGUUUGAUGAGUCAAGGCUCAAGGAAUAUGAUACAUUAGAUGAAUUAGAACUUCUUUUCAGCAAGGACAAAGCACAUGGUGGUAUUGCUGCUGUGGUUGAUGAAUUACCCUACAUGAAGAUUUUCCUGUCUAAACAUUGCUCAAAAUACACCAUGGUUACUCCAUUUAUCAAGACAGAUGGAUUUGGCUUUGUAAGCUCUGAUCAUUUUAAUGUUUUUUUGAAAUACUCUCAUCUAUGCAUCAAGUUUAUGUAUCUGAUGAUCUUCUAAGUGAUUUGGCAGGCUUUUCCGAUUGGUUCUCCACUUGUACCUGAUGUAUCCAGAGCUAUUUUGAACCUUACUGAAGGCGACAAAUUAGUUGGGAUUGAGAAAGAAUGGUUUGGGCAGCAAAGCAAUUGCGAACAGAAACCAGGCAGACCUGAUCUUGUGAUACCAUCAUCUCAUAGUCUAGGAAUCGAUAGCUUUUGGGGCCUUUUCCUCAUUGUUGGGAUUGCUUCUUUUAUCGCCCUCAUCAUCUUUGCAUCAACGUUCAUGUAUGAACAUAGGAGGCAUCUGGCGGAAAACAGCUUUAGAGCAAGAGAAUUGUUUGGCAAGAUUGCUUCAUUCGCUGAAUGUUUUAAGAAUGUGGAGGAAGAUGUUCCAAAUUCCAGACAGACAGACAUGUCAACUCACUCCAGUGGGUCCAUCUAUGCAUUAGGGCAUUCAGGGACUAAUCUGUCUAAUCGAUCAUCAUCAAGCAGAUCCAAUAACCUAGAAGGUGGGAGUUCUUAAGCUAUAACAUACCUACGAAAUUCACAAAGUUAACACAUAAUUUUAUUGGUGACUAGGUAGAUAGUGGUUAAGAUAUUGUAGGAUAUAUCUAUAUAAGCUCUUUAGUCAUUUUAACUUUUUCUCAAUUUGUAUGACUUUGAGACAAAAAGUUAAUACCAUGUGAAGCUUGAGUUUUCGCUUAGACCCUCAGCAGGACUAGAACAGCUUUAGCGAAUCGUCACAUGAUGGGGAUGACAUAGUGAUGAGAAUUUUGUUCAGAAUGAUUUCACACAUCUACGUGUUUGACACCAUUUUGAUAUGACAAUGUG